CAGGAUGGGUUGGGUGAUGUAACUUACCCGAAGUUGUCGUCGUUGCGGGCAUCCUGCAUCUUGAUAUCAAGGGGCUGCUCGAAGUACUCCUUCAUGAUAGACAGCAUGUCUUUCCAGAGCUGGCAGAGCUCGGGAUCGCUGGUCAUGUUGAGGUAGAAGAAACCAUAGUUCUGGCAGACGCUGAGGAGUCUCUUGUUCUCCGUUUCAUUGUCUGCUCGGAGGAGGUCGAGCUCGAUUGUUGGGAGAGACUCCGCAACGAGGAUGGGUUCGGUGAUGGCCAUGUUGAACUUUUGAGGGGGAAAGAACGCUUGAAGAAAGUGUCUCCGGCUAGAGAAAGAUGAGUUGAUUUGUUACUUUGAUGCUAGAGAACUUGCAGCUUUCGAGCUUCUUAUAUGCGCCUGGGGUUGGCCCUCUCGUGACGGCCACGGCAAGUAUACAGCAUCAUUGUCCGAUGUAUACAGCCUCUCAAGACUCUUUCCUACUUCCACGAUGGCUAAGGGGCCAGAAUCUCAGAGACGGCUCUGCAAUGGCGUGAUUCAUCCCGAUGUAACCCGUAGAAGGAUAGACGA